AUGAGCUACGGAGACCGCUACACCUCUUCGUCCUACCGGAAGCUUUUUGGGGACUCCCCCAGGUUCCCCGUCUCCUCCUCCAGGAUGAGCGGCUCCUCUUCCCGGGGCUCUCCGGUGCUCAGGUCCAUGGCUGCGCCCCGUAACGGCGCAUCCUCCCUGAAUCUGUACCGGCGGGUCGGUCGCUCCUCCGUUUCCUUCUCUCCGGUGACAACCGGCUCCCUGGACCUGACCCAGACCUCCGUGGUCAAUAAUGAAUUGAAAGUCAUCAGAACUAACGAGAAGGAGCAGCUGCAGGGUUUGAAUGACCGCUUUGCCAUGUUCAUCGAUAAAGUCAGACAGCUGGAGCAGCAGAACAAAGGGUUGGAAACGGAGCUGGUCAGCCUGCGGCAGAAACAGGCCGAGCCAUCCCGCGUGGCUCAUCUCUACCAGCAGGAGAUGAGGGAGCUGCGCUGUCAGCUGGAGGAGCUGAACAGGGACAAGAACCGACUCCUGAUCGAGAGGAACAACUUAGAGGACGAGCUUCAAAAACUCAGUGCGAAGUAUGAUGAUGAGGUGAGGGCACGGGAGGAAGCUGAGCAGACCUUGAAGUCCUUCAGGAAGGAUGUGGAUGAUGCUGCAGCCGUCCGCCUGGACCUGGAGCGCCGGGUGGACUCGCUGAUGGACGAAAUCUCCUUCCUGAAGAAAGUGCAUGAAGAGGAAAUUCAGGAGAUGAGCAGCUUGAUGGAGACGCAGCAGGUCUCUGUGGAGCUUGAGCUCACCAAACCGGACCUCACCUCAGCUCUUAAGGAGAUCCGCAAUCAGUACGAGUCUAUCGCCUCCAAGAAUCUGCAGUCGGCCGAGGAGUGGUACAAGAGCAAGUUUGCAAGCCUCAGUGAGCAGGCCACCAGGAGCAACGAGGCCAUGAGGGCCAGCCGGGAGGAGAUCAAUGAGUUCAGGAGGCAGCUGCAGUCCAAGACCAUCGAGAUAGAGACCUUGAGGGGCGCCAACGAGUCUCUGGAGAGACAGAUCACAGAGAUGGAGGAUACACACAACGCUGAAGCCUCAGCCAUGCAGGACACCAUCAGCCACCUGGACACGGAGCUGAGGGACCUGAAGAGUGAGAUGGCCCAGCACCUGAGAGAGUAUCAAGACCUGCUCAAUGUCAAGAUGGCCCUGGACAUAGAGAUAGCUGCUUACAGGAAACUGCUGGAGGGGGAGGAGACUCACUUUAACUCAGGGAUGUCGUUCGGGGCUGCCAGCUACAGCUACCACCCCCGAGCCUCAGCCGGCUCCUCCAGGAGCAGCCAGAGGGACAAAGAAGGAGCCACGAAGGAAAGCUUCAAGGAGAUGAGCGAGGAUAAAGACGAGGCAGAUAUCAACUCCAACAACUGAAGGCAGGGACAUUUAAAUACAGAUAUACUGUAUAUCUGUAUUUAAAGUCACAUUAUGUUUGUGAAGGGAGACACCAAUCAAUGGUAAUAACAAAUAGGCUGUAGCUGACACCGUGGAUGUAGAUCUCAGUAUUUGGAUGAUCUCCAGACUUGAAAACCAUCAAAUAAAAUACAAGGUUUGGGAGUGUCAUUACUCCAACAUUAGAUGAGGAAACUAGAUGUAAUGUUCUGCACAUCUCCACAAAGAAAGAAUGGACACACUGAUUCACAGUAAACAUGUGACCAAGUCGUGAAUGUUAAUGGAAUAAAUGUGCAUUUUGCUACUUUGUUACUACACUGGAAAUUGGUGAAGGGAAGUUUGCUCAGAUAUCGUAGGAAACGAAAUGCCAGAAUAGUUCCAGUCUUCUGUUGUUUGGUCAGAGAACUUUAAGCUUCAAGCACUUUAGACACGUGAUGUAGGAGGACAGCCGCUGCUGGUUGUGUCUUUGCACCAUUGUGUUGUGUUUUAUAGAGUUUUAGAUACUUAUAAAAAAGUGAAGAUGGUUUCCACUUUGCAAACACAAUCAUAGUUCAAGGCUUACAAAAUCCUACAGUGGCACAAUAAAAGUAUUGAAUAAGUCAAAUAUUACAUGUAGUCCAGCACUUAGCACAGAUCAGUUCACCUGGCUGCAGUUAGUGUCUGAACCCAUAAGAAAACUGUUACCAACUAUUGUUUCCGUUGUGCUGGUUAACACACCGAAUAAAAUAACACAGCUGACAAA